AUGAACACGAGGUCUUCUGGACAUAAACCAUUGACAUACAACCCGGAAAUCACAAGGAAGGAUAAGGAGAAUCGGAGGCUAGCAAGGUUGGCAAAGGAAUCGCAAGAAAACCGAGAGCGAGACUAUCCGGCGCCGCUGAAUUACCCCCGCACCGCCGCUGUCCUCAUCCAGACCGGUUGCACUACCAACGGCGAUAGGAACGUCGCCGUCCCGUUCCAGGUAGCCCGCUUCGCCAUCACCGGCCCCCCCCGUCAACCGUCGUCCGACCCGAACCCGGUGAACCCAUCGGCGCCUGCCCCGCUACUGUCUGCUUUGAAGCCCACGUCGCCAUCUCCGGUUCACGGCCACUCCUCAGUCGACCACAUCAAACCGGCUCCCGUCUGCUUUCGAGUCGCGGCUGACGAGCCUACGCUGCCAGUCACCCGAACUUCAUUCCGGACAGCAUCUGGGACCACCGUUAGCCGAACCCGAGCCUCACCAGAGUACUCGGGCCUAAGCGGGCUCGUGCGGGCACAUCAUAGGCUCGAGGAGUUAGAGCGAGAGCAGCAGCGCGUUCCCACUGACUGA